CUAUGGCAGUAGUUUGAAGUUUAAAUGUCAAUUUUGAAUUGUUUUGGGUUAAGGGUCACAUGUCAUAAAUAUUGAGUAUAGGACAACAUUCUUGUUUAUCUAUUAUGAUAAUAUUGCAGAGAAAAAACACAAAUGAAUUUGACUGUUUAUAAUGCAAGCCCAAAUGUAUGUAACAUUGGAGCAAUUUGCAAGUAGGGUACUUGAAGUAACUACUAGAUACAGUCUUUUCAAUCAUGUAUCCUAUGAUCCUGGAAAUUUUAUUGGCAAAUGUUCAAGGUAUCCCGAUUAUGGGGAUUUCGCAGAGACUUACUCAUUGCGUCAAUAUGGUAAUUGGUGGAAAUUAUGUGAAGUAAAUUGGCAAAGAUCAUACAGACAAGCCGAUGAUGAUCCCUUAGGUGUCGAAGAUUUUGUUACAGUGCGUUUCGACUAUGCUGUUAUUCCAACAAGACUUUUCAUAUAUGAAACCUACAAUCCUGGUUCCAUUGUUCGUAUAUGGGGCAGACAAAUGAAACAAAAAUGGGUUUUAAUGUGGGAGGGAGAACCUCAAGAAUGUCCACCUCAGGCUAGAAAAUUUCAACCAGAUAUAUUUAAAGUGAAUUGCCUGAUAGAUACAAUUCGUUUAGAUUUGAAUUGUUCAAAACUUGAUCACCACACUUGUUUUGAUGCAAUUUUAUUGAUUGGUUUAUCUGGACCAGGAUCUGGGUUCCAUUUAAAAUGUUUGAGUGCUUUAAAUAUGUCUAAAAUAGUUACUACCCCAAAUGAAGACAUAGAAAAGAGAGAACAUAAACAUUAUUUUGAUGAUCUCCCAUAUGAAGUAAUAAUGCAUAUAUUCAAAUUCUUAGAUUUGAAAUCUUUGUCAAAAUGUGCUUGUGUUAGUUCUCAAUGGAAUCAUUUGGCAAAUGAUCCACAUUUAUACCAGAACAUCAGUUUCAAGAGUUAUUGGAACAUAAUAGAUAGUACAAUAUUUGAUUACUUAGAAAAAAGAAGUAAAUUUUUAAAAAAAUUAGAUCUUUCUUGGUGUGGAAAAGAUGAUGAAAGUUUUCCAAGGAAAUUGCAUCAAUUCUUACAACAGUCAUGUAAGAAUUUAUCCCAUAUUUCACUUGGAAAUGCAUCAUAUUUCAAUGGCAGUCAUUUAGCAGCAUUGUGUUCGUCAUGCUUACAACUUGAAGAAUUGAGACUAAGAAAUGUUUUUGUUUCUGAAAUUGCCUUUUGUCACCACCAAACAUUGAGUAAACUCAAUAAACUGGUAACACUGGAUUUAUAUUCUACCAAUAUCUCUACUGACCUACUUAUUCCAUUGUUGGAGGUAAAUCCUAAUCUCAGAUAUUUAAAUUUAGAUUUUUGUGAAGAAAUAGUUUUAGACAAUGUUAUAGAGGUUAUUUCAAGAUAUAACAGACAGCUCAUAGGAUUGAGCUGUUGGAAGGUUAGGGGGUUGACAUCAUAUGGAAUCAAUUUAUUAGGAGAAUGCCAUCAUCUAGAGGAUCUUGAUUUGGGAUGGUGCCUCAAUGUGUUCCCACAAGAACAGUGUUUGGAAAAGUUGGCUUCUGGAUGUAAAGGUUUGAAAAGGUUGAUUCUAUCUGCUUGGAGAGGUCUAGUAGACACAAUGUUAUAUCCAUUAAUAGAACAUUGUAUUAGAUUGGAGCAACUUGAUCUACUUAGUAUAACUGGCAUUUCUAGUCAAUUCAUUGAAACAGCAUUAAACAGAUUGCCAAACCUGAAACUGUUAGAAAUAAGCUAUUGUGAUUCAAUACCUGUGGAAAUGGUUGGACAGUGGAAACUUGCUUAUCCCAAUGUAAUUAUACAAAAAUGUGUUCAUUCUCAUUAAAAUCUUGAAGAUUCCAUCAUUUCAAGUUACUUUACAAGUAUCAACUGGAGAGUGAGAAAGUGAAAUGUAUUAUUAAUUGUCAUAUUUCGAAUUCUAGAAUCUUGAGUGAUGAAUCAUUUAUGUAUUUCUAGUAUAAAAAUAUAUUUAUAUAAAUAUUGUAA